CGAUGCUGGCCGGGCUAUUCCCUGGUGGUAGCUGCGAACAGCCCUGCCGGGGGCUGCUGCUGCUCCGGGGGGCAGAGCCCUGCAGAGCUUGCUCUGCUCUCUGUAAUAGCCCAGACGGUACCCGGGCGGCAGCUGGGAUUUAGGGUUUCACUCGCGCUGUUAAAUUCUAAAUCUUGAUUUAAAAUUAAAAAAAAAAAAAUGUUCGCCAUUUGUAUUUUUAAGAAGCAGGUGAAGAAAAACAUGCGGGUAGAUCGCACUUUAAAACAGAUCUAUGAUGCAUUUCGCCUCAGAAAAAAGGCGAGGGCUGAUAAUUAAAAGGACAGCAGACAUAGAAGUCUGUCUGAGGAGGAUCGGCUCCAGAAGUCAGAAUGAGGUCACCUGACAAAGGAAUUUUCAUUAUGCCUUUGGGGAAGUAGACAGGGAGAGCUACCCACCUGAAGUCUGCAUUGAGCAAGGCGUUUCCUCCUCUAACACUUUAUUUGAUGCUGUCAGUAGCAAAGCUAAUAAAACAGGAUGUGUGCUCUGCCAGCAGAAAGGCUGCUGCUGUUACAGCCCCCACCUGUUCGGGGAUGCUGUGCUGGUGCUGCUCUGGUAGAGCUGCUCAGGUCCUAGCAGCUGAGCAGGAAGGAAGGAACAGACAAAGCCCUGAGCUGCAGCUGCUGACUGGGUACAGUUUUGCCAGAGCCUUGUCUUUCAUUAUCUUAUUGCUUCUCGUGUCUCCUGGGGUUUGCUGUUGGAGUUCUGGGGAACUAUAAAAUCGGUUUGUAAGGCUGUCGCAUGUACACAAUCUCAGUCAUUGUUUUUCCUAGAGAGCAGAGAUAGGUUAUGUUUUGGGGUAGUUGGGUAUUUGGCAGGCAGCUAGGGAAACAGAAUAUUAGAAAGUAGUUUUCAGGGUUUCUAAUAUCCAAUCCCUAAAUACCUGAAGUUUGCAGGAAAUGAGACAAGUCAUUUCACUGCUGUUGAGGAGCUGAGAAAAUGCCCAUCUGUUAUGAUGAUUUGGGUUCUUUGUGCUUUCUGACGUGCAGACAGAUACAGUCUGUGUCAGAUACCAAUACUCAGAUUUGCAAAGGAACAGGCUUACUUUUUUUUCUCAGUCACAAGCCUUUCUAGAUAUUUUGACAUCUGUGUCUCAAUGUCUUUUAAAAAGUUUGGUUUUUUACUUUACUUGUUGGAUUUAAUUAAGCGGUAAAUCAUCAAACUCUUUUGUUUCUUUCCAGGUUACUUUGAUGAAUAAAUAAACAGAGGCUUGUUUUGUGUCUGAGAAAAUAGGGUCUGGCCUGAAUGUUUGAAUUGCUUCAUUAUAAAUGAAAAUAAGCUUAAGAAUUUCCUGAGCACUCUGUUCUCAGUAGCAGGAUUUCUAAGAAGAGGAACCUUGUCCAUUCUGUCAGACUGAGAUGAUUGUAAAAAGCUAUGGAUAUUUACUGAUAAGAUUUAAUCCUCAUAUGUAUUUUUGCAGUAUGCACUUUGUAAUGUUUACCAAAAACUUAAAGUUAAAGCAAAACCUUUAAUUCUUAAGAUUUUCUGUGUAGAAAAUACUUUGUGGCUAGGUGAGAAACUGAAUUUUCAGUGUGUAGUAUUUUCCAGAAAACGCUCCUGGCUUAGUGGCAGUGACUCUGAACAGCCUGAGAAGGAAGGCAUGUGUCUGUGUCACUGUGCAAUUAAAGCUACAGUGGAAAGGGAUUCUAUAGAAGAAGUAUGAUGAGCGCUUCUGUAGGUAGGGUGUGAUACACCAGAUAAAUCCAUUAAUUAACAGGAAGGCUGCUUUGAUACCGUGGGAGGGGCACUGGUUGCAGCCAUGCAGCAGAGGUGCUGUGUUAAUUGCAGUGACUUGGCUGCUUCUGAGACCUGCUGGGACAACAUGGUGCCUAAGAUCUGACAUUCCCAGCCUGGCCUUUCCCCAUUAAACCCAUUGAAACACUGAGAAUGUGCUCUGGAUUGGAUGCUUCUCUAUGGCAUGGUGGUUUAUAGCCCCUGCUGAAUUUGUCCUGUUAAGCUUAUUAGCUGAAGCUGUAAAGGACCCUACAGCUGUAGAAAGAGCAAAUUUAUUAAACAUGGCUAAACUGAGUAUCAAAGGACUCAUUGAAUCAGCCUUGAGCUUUGGGCGCACUCUGGAUUCUGACUACCCACCUUUGCAGCAGUUCUUUGUUGUCAUGGAGCACUGCCUGAAGCAUGGCCUGAAAGUAAGAAAAUCCUUUCUCAGUUACAAUAAAACCAUCUGGGGUCCUCUGGAACUUGUGGAGAAAUUAUAUCCAGAAGCUGAGGAAAUAGCAGCAAGUGUCAGAGAUUUGCCUGGCCUUAAGACGCCGCUGGGCCGUGCCCGGGCCUGGCUGCGGUUGGCUCUGAUGCAGAAGAAAAUGGCUGAUUAUCUUCGCUGUUUGAUCAUCCAGAGAGACCUCCUCAGUGAGUUUUAUGAGUAUCAUGCACUGAUGAUGGAAGAGGAAGGAGCAGUGAUUGUUGGGCUGUUAGUUGGGCUGAACGUGAUCGAUGCCAACCUGUGUGUGAAGGGAGAAGACCUGGAUUCACAAGUUGGGGUGAUCGAUUUCUCUGUGUAUUUGAAGAGUGAUGAUGACAUUGGGGGCAAAGAAAGAAAUGUACAGAUUGCUGCAAUAUUGGACCAAAAGAAUUAUGUUGAGGAACUAAACAGGCAACUGAACACAGUUAGCAGUCUACAUGCAAGAGUUGACUCACUAGAGAAAUCAAACACUAAACUGAUUGAAGAGUUAGCAAUAGCAAAAAACAAUAUAAUUAAACUUCAGGAAGAAAACCAUCAAUUAAGGAGUGAAAAUACUCUGAUUUUAAUGAAAACACAGCAUCAUCUAGAGGCAGCCAAGGUGGACGUGGAGGCAGAGCUGCAGACGUACAAGCACUCGAGGCAGGGCUUGGAUGAGAUGUACACCGAGGCGCGCAGGCAGCUCCGCGAGGAGGCACAGCUGCGCCAGGAUAUGGAGAAUGAGCUAGUGGUUCAAGUUAGCAUGAAACAUGAGAUAGAGCUUGCCAUGAAGCUGCUGGAGAAGGAUAUCCAUGAGAAGCAGGACACCCUCAUCGGCCUGCGGCAGCAGCUUGAGGAAGUUAAGGCAAUUAAUGUGGAAAUGUACCAAAAGCUGCAGGUUUCUGAAGAUGCUAUGAAAGAAAAGAAUGAAAUAAUUAGUCGAUUAGAGGAUAAGACCAAUCAAAUUAAUGCAACUAUGAAACAACUAGAACAAAGAUUGCAGCAAGCAGAGAAGGCUCAAAUGGAGGCUGAGGCUGAGGAUGAGAAACUUAAACAGGAAUAUGUGAAUAAAUCUGAAAGCCUGCAGAACGAAUUCUCCCAGAAGGAGAAACAGCUUCUUCAGCUGGAAACAGACUUGAAGAUAGAAAAAGAGUGGCGGCAAACCCUGGAGGAUGAUCUUCAGAAGGAAAAGGAAAUUGUGUCUCAUCUGAGAACAGAGACCCAAGAAAUAGUUACCCUUAAGAAAGAGUUCCUUAAACUUCAGGAGAAGAACAAGCAGCUGAAAAGCACAUGUGAAGACCAAGAAGCUGCUCUCCAAGAACUGGCAUCCAAGCUGAGCGAAUCAAAGCUGAAAAUAGAAGAUAUAAAAGAAGCUAACAAGGCAUUGCAGGGCCAGGUUUGGUUGAAGGACAAAGAAGCCACUCAUUGCAAGCUGUGUGAAAAGGAAUUUUCACUUUCCAAAAGGAAGCAUCACUGCAGGAACUGUGGGGAGAUCUUCUGCAAUGCCUGUUCUGACAAUGAGCUGCCUCUGCCCUCCUCACCAAAGCCUGUCCGGGUCUGUGACUCCUGCCAUGCCAUUCUGAUACAGAGAUGCUCUUCUAACGUGCCAUAAGAGAUUUAUUCAUUCUGCUUUUAGCUCAUCCUGUAAAAACCACCACACCAACUAAAGAAUGUACAACAGGAUUUCCAGACUCUGAGGUAAGCAGUGUGGAGUUGCAGUUUCAAGGUACUGUGGAUGAGUUACUUCUCUGCUUCCUCUUGAAACAAAUGGAGACAAUGGGACCCAAAUGUAGAAAAUGCACAUCUAAAAAGAAGAAAAACCCAGAAGGGUGUGUUGGUCUGCCAAAUGGCUCAGCAGCUUUUUUGGGAGGAAGCAGGGCAGUUUAUACAGGAGACUCAGUGUUAAUGUGUAUUGGAUGAAUAUUUCAGUUGUUAAGAUGAUCUGGAGGAAGGUGAUACUCUUACAGGCUGAUGAGCCACAAAUCCAACCUAAGCCUGUGAUAGGCUGUUGGGAAGCAAAACCCUGCAGGAGCUGGUUUUAAAUUCUACUGGAAAAAAGCAUGGCAAUUAAUGCAGUGGUCUGAGAAGCUGCUGCCAAAUACCUUUUGUUUGUUCACCUCUCUGCAUGAGCAGGAGUUGGUAUGUCCCAGAACAUUUCAGAACAUCCCAGAACAUUGCACUGCAGCUGUUCUGUGCAGUCCCAGGGUGAGGGGAGCUGUGCUCAGCCAGGGAACAAACAGUGCUCGGGGCACUUCCUGAAGGAAGGUGUGUUUUGCUGAGUGAUUUGUUCACAUGAGCUAUUAAUUUGAUAUAUUUGUGUUUCCACUGAGAGAGAGCUGUUCAGCACAGACCUCUUCUCUGACAUUGUCUGUAACCUUGAACAAGUCUCUGCAUCGUUUUCAUGCAAGUCAUGCUCUCCAGUUUGUAUGUGUAGUCACUGCAUAGCUCUAGAAACCACCUAGAAAGGCUGGGAUUAAAUGCUGGGAAUCACAUCCUUUCUGUGCUGCACAGGGAGGUUCUUCCUUAUUUUGUCACCAUGUUUCUCAAACCUUCAGAGCUGGUUCCUAAACUGCAUUUUUUUUACAGAGCACUCUUGAGCCUGAGUCUAUCCACUCUUGUCACUGAUGGUAACAUUUGUUGGAAUGUAAGAUCCUUGUUCUUUCCAUAGGCAAAUAGAAAUAAUAUCCUUUGAUAAACUGCCCUCCCUUCCAACUCACUGCACUGCACCCUCCUCCCUUUAGCCACUCCUGGCCUGGGCUCCAGCCCUGGAUCCUCCACCAGCCCUGUAGUUCCUUCAGCCCUGGGCUUGGAGUAGCACUGCUGGCACAAAAGGGAGGCUGCACACAGAUCUUUUAGCUGUCCUUGCACUUUGUUCAGCUUGGCUUUGUCUCUGAGAAUAGGGAUUUAGUGAAUAUCCUAAAAGCUAACAUAGCUAUUCUUUUUAACACCUCAAUGUAGUUGCUUAUGUAGCUUUUGUAAAGAAAAAUGUUUUUAAAAAGACCUGAUGUAACUUUUUGUAAAAUACCACACAAAUACUUGUAAAUCUGUAAAUAACUUUUGGAAAAAAAUAAAUUUAAGUUAUCUGAGA